AUGAACGACCAACACGGUUCGGAUAACUUGUUGAACAAGGCAGCGGCGUUCUUGGAACGAGACUGUGAAAUCUCUUUGAGCCAAGUAGAGGAAAUUGGACUUCUUAAUGUCUUCUUGGAAUCUCUCGUCGAAAUGGCUGUGAACGAUCCAAGGCUUUUGGGUGAGCCAAUCAGAAACAACAACUGUGAGGCCGAGGAAGAAAAGGAAGGCGAUGAUUACAGGCCUAACCCGAGAAGACGACUGUUCGUUCUUGACAGGAAAUCAGAAGAUCUGAUCACUGUACCGCUUCAGUUAUACGAAUCAUUGAUUCGUGCAAUGGAUGCACAGAACGUUCCCACGGAAAAUCUCGUUUCAUCGAUCUGCAAAUACGCAAAGAGAUGGGUUUUCGAGGAAAUUUCAGGGGAUAAAAACUUUUCUUUCCCCAAGAGAGAAUGCCAUAGAAAAGCAAUUGAAGCCGUGGAGCAGCUCCUGCCUCACCAGAGAGAAGCCGUUCCUUGUACGUUCUUGUCUGAAUUGCUAAAACAGUCAAUCUUGCUAGAAGCAAGCUCUAGUUGCAGAGACGGCUUCGAGGUUAAGGUUGGGAAACAGCUAGACAUGGCUACAGCAAAAGACCUUCUGAUUAUAUCAAACGGAUACCCAAAGAGAACGAGUACGAUGCCGAGCUGGUGA